GGCGGUGAACAGCCUCGGGCGCGGCCUCACCUCGCCCGCGUCAGCACCGCGGACAGCACAGCGGCCGGACCCAGGACCUAGGGGCCCGCCGGGCCGCCUGCCCACGGGCGCCCGGGCCGGAGGCGUCCCUGUCAGCACCACGGACAGCGCACAGGUUCCCGGCCGGAGUCAGCACCGCUGACAGCCCCUUGACCAGCCCCUCAGCCGGCUUGGAGCAGUCGGCGCCCUCAGAAUAUGGCCACCGAGGUUUUUCUGGGAUCAUUAGAGGCAUCCGCUGGGGUAAACUCCACAGUCCUGCUUCCUGAAGACCUUCCUGGAGCACAUGUGCACAAUCUGCAGGAGCUCCGGCGAAGUGCAUCCCUGGCCACCAAAGUCUUUAUCCAGAGAGACUAUAGUGAUGGGACCAUCUGCCAGUUCCAGACCAAAUUCCCUCCGGAGCUGGACAGCCGGAUUGAGCGGCAGCUCUUUGAGGAGACUGUGAAGACCCUCAACAGCUUCUACGCGGAGGCUGAGAAGAUUGGGGGCAGCUCCUACCUGGAGGGCUGCCUGGCCUGCGCCACGGCCUACUUCAUCUUCCUCUGCAUGGAGACCCACUACGAAAAGGUUCUCAAGAAGAUCUCCCGCUACAUCCAAGAGCAGAACGAGAAGAUCUUUGCCCCUCGAGGGCUCCUGCUCACAGACCCUGUUGAGCGUGGGAUGAGAGUCAUUGAGAUCGCCAUCUAUGAGGACCGGUGCAGCAGCGGCAGCUCCAGCAGCGGCAGCAGUGGCAGUGGCAGCAGUGGUGGGGGUGGCGGAGCGGGGGCCCGGUGACUGGCCGAGAGUCCCCGCAGGGAGGUGUAUGGCAGGACUGAGGGCCUUGCAGACCUUCGGCGGCUGCGCUACCAGAGCACCCGCUUCUGAGUCAUUCUGUGGGCCCACCUGCUGCCCGGGGCGGGAGGACCGGCAUCUGGCCAGUGUUUCCCACAGGCCAUCCACCUCACCCCCUGCCCUUACCCCAGAAGGAUGGUCCGCUUCCCGAUCUGGCUAUUCCCCAUAGGGCUGGUCUGGGUCACACACAGGCGAGGGUGGGGACAACACAACUUGGACAGCCCCUUUCUUCUGCAGCAACCCUUCCAGUACCCCAGAGAGGACCCAGCUGUGUCACAGAGAACUCCCAUCCUGCAUGAUUCCUCACCCCAAGUGCCACAUCCCUGAGGGUUCUCCCCUCGGGGCCCUGCUCCCUGAGGCUGCUUCCCAGUGUCUAUGCUUCCUGAUGCCACCCCAGGGCCUCUGCCUGUCUGUGAUCCUGCCUCCACCGAGUCUGAGGUCUGGGGAGACAGGAGUGGUCAGACUAUGGGUGCCAUGGUGGAGAGCUAGCUCUCAGUUCCCCCGCCCUGACCUCUUCUAGACCUGUGGCUUCCCUGCUCUCCACCCAAAGCCUGGGGCCACCUUGGCCUUGCCAAGAAGCAUCCAACUCCUGAGACUUUGUAGGCUACCAGGUGCUGGUCAUUGGGUACACAGCCUGGGUCUCUGGGAAGUGUCUGGAGAAAUGCUUCAUGGAGAGGUGUGGCCAUGGGGGCUUGAACCUCCAGAACCGAAGCCCACUUCCUCAGAUUGGAACCUGCACGUGUGUGAGAAUGAGUCGGUGCACACAUAGGCAGGAAUGUGGGCACACCAUGUGUAUGUGGAGGUAUGUGUGAGUGCGCGUGUGUUUCCCUUAGCUGCCAGGCCAAUGGCUGCUCCUCUCUGCAUCCUGUCUCGUCUCCCUGCACAAUGGUCUGUGGCUGCUUCUGUGUGCAGGUCCAGCCCGCCCCUAUAGAUAAAUGUCCUAGUGACCCUUUGCCUGUUGUCCCCAGGGCUGCUAGCUUGGCUUUUCUUCCAGGCUUUUUCCCUAGCUGCAAGCUCCUCCCCACCUUCUAGCUCUACUGUGUACAUUCUAGCAGAAGAGAAGCUGGGGUUCUAGAGAGAAGAGCCAACCUUCUGGGGCCUUCCACGCCCCUGUCCCAGCUCCCAUGACAAGGCAACAGGGCCAUAGAUGCUGCAUGUUCAGCUGUCCUGGCUCCAGGGCUCUCUAAGGCUGUGUAAGUGAGGCUGCCUUGGACAUUCCAAGGAGCUGGCAACCUGCAGAGGAAAAUGCAAACCCCUUUCUUGAAAGGAGAGAGGGGCAUGCAGCCCAUGAGUCCCUGGCUGCCCAGGCUCAGUGGAAGGAAGCCGCCCUGUCCAGGUGUCCUGAAGACAGACAGAAGGGGGCUGCCUGCCUCCAGUGGCAGGAGGUGCUAGAAGUGGAUAUGAAAGACCAGCCACUGCAGGUAGCUUUCUGAAACCAAAGAGGGACCUGAUUUUCUCUGGACACAGCAGCAGCACGUGGGGAGGAGGUGCAUGCCCAGAGUGCUGGAGAGGGUGUCCCAGCUGUUGAGCCCAGGCAGGUUCUGUCUGACCCAAGCAUCACCCCAGACAGCUGCAGUCCAGUGGGCUCCACACAGCCCCCCGGACCCGGCCUGUGUCCACCUUGGCCCACCGUGUGACUGGGCCUCAUGUCUGACCUGUGCCUCUCCAGUGGGAUGGCUGGCACAGGUGACACAGUGGCCUUUUGUUUUAUUAUUUCUUUUUUCCAAUAAAAGGACUUGCUCAGCUUGAGGCCCUGUGCUGCUUCUCUCCCUGUGGUGAUGGAGGACCAGUUCUAUGCUCUGGGAUCAGGGAGCAGAGGGAAGGGGAGG